CCGGCCGGCCGCCCCUGCCCGCCUUCCCGCGCUCCGAGGCUCCCGGAGAGACCCCCGCCUCCCGCCCUGGAGAAAAGGAGGGAGUCUCCCGGCCGGCGCUCAGCUCCGCUCCGCUCCCCCUUCGCCCGCAGGACGCCGCCUCUGCCGGGAUGGCCCGCUGGCCCUCGGCCGCCCUGCUGCUGCUGCUCCUGCUGGCCCGCAUGGCCCGCCGCUCGGAUUCGCUGGCUGUGAUGUCCGUGGACUUGGGCAGUGAGUCCAUGAAGAUAGCCAUUGUCAAGCCUGGCGUUCCCAUGGAAAUUGUUUUAAACAAGGAAUCUCGGCGGAAAACACCAGUGGCAGUAGCUCUGAAGGAGAACGAGCGCCUCUUUGGUGACAGCGCCCUAGGAAUGUCCAUCAGGACCCCCAAGGUGGCCUUCCGAUAUUUCCAGGACCUUUUGGGCAAGCACAUAGGGAACCCCCAGGUGGCGCUGUACCAGUCACGGUUUCCAGAGCAUGAGUUGGUGAAGGAUGCCCGGAGACAAACGGUCGCCUUCAGGCUGUCGGACACAGUCCAGUAUUCUCCAGAAGAGGUCUUGGGCAUGGUCCUGAACUACUCUCGCUCCCUGGCAGAGGAGUUUGCAGAGCAGCCCCUGAAGGACGCUGUGAUCACGGUCCCCGCCUUCUUCAACCAGGCGGAGAGGAGAGCCGUCCUGCACGCAGCAAAGAUGGCGGAUCUCAAGGUUCUGCAGCUCAUCAGUGACAACACAGCUGUGGCUUUGAACUAUGGCGUAUUUCGGAGGAAGGACAUCAACGCUACGGCCCAGAACAUCAUGUUUUAUGACAUGGGGGCCGGCAGCACCGUGUGCACCAUCGUGACCUAUCAGACAGUGAAGACGAAGGACUCGGGGACCCAGCCUCAGCUGCAGAUCCUGGGGGUUGGAUUUGAUCGCACCCUCGGAGGACUGGAAAUGGAGCUGCGCCUUCGUAGCUUCCUGGCUGAGAAGUUCAACAAGCAGCACCCUUCCAAGGAUGUGCGGCAGAACCUGCGGGCCAUGGCCAAGCUGCUGAAGGAAGCCAAUCGCCUGAAGACAGUGCUGAGUGCCAAUGCUGACCACACGGCCCAGAUCGAGGGCCUGCUGGAUGACGUGGACUUCAAGGCCAAGGUUUCGCGGCAGGAGUUUGAGGAUCUGUGUUCCGACUUGUUCCAGCGGGUUGCAGGCCCCGUGCAUCAGGCACUGGACAGUGCUGCGAUGAGUCUGAAUGAAAUUGACCAGGUGAUCCUUGUUGGCGGUGCCACUCGAGUGCCGAAGGUUCAAGAAAUGUUACUAAAAGCCGUUGGCAAGGAAGAGCUGGGGAAGAACAUCAACGCAGAUGAAGCAGCUGCAAUGGGGGCCGUCUACCAGGCAGCUGCACUGAGCAAGGCCUUCAAAGUGAAGCCGUUCCUCAUCCGGGAUGCUGCUGUUUUCCCCAUCCAGGUUGAGUUCACCCGGGAAGUGGAAGAGGAGGAUAAAUCUAAGAGCCUGAAGCACAACCGGCGGAUUCUGUUCCAGCGCAUGGCUCCCUACCCUCAGCGCAAGGUCAUCACCUUCAACCGCUACACGGAUGACUUUGAGUUCCACGUCAACUACGCAGACAUGGGCUUCCUGAGCGAGAGCGACCUGCAGUCUUUUGGGUCCCUGAAUCUCACCACAGUGAGGCUGCGAGGCGUGGGCGAGAGCUUCAGGAAGCAUGCGGACUAUGAGUCCAAAGGCAUCAAGGCCCACUUCAACAUGGACGAGAGUGGCGUGCUCAGCCUUGACCGGGUGGAAUCGGUGUUUGAGUCGGUGAUGGAGGACAAACCAGAGGAGGAGUCCACGCUCACAAAGCUUGGGAACACCAUCUCCAGCCUCUUUGGGGGAGGCAGCGCUGUGCCAGAAGCCCCUGCAAACCAGACGGAGACUGUUCAGGAGGAGGAGGAGAGCCCGGCAGAACCCGGAAAGGAGGACCAGAAGGACGGUGCUGCGACUGCCAGGGAAGAGGAGGACAAGCAGCAGGCACCGACGCCAUCUCCAGCUCAGGAGGAAGCAGCUGCAGAUACUCCUGCAGGGGAGGGACAAGAAGAGAAUGCAGGGGAGAAGCUGGACUCCCAGGAAGCCAAAGAGAAGCCGGGAUCCGGGAAGGCAGAGGAGUCUGCCAAGAGCCCCGGGGGUGACCAUGCCAAAGCGCAGGAGACGGCAGAAGAAGGAGAGAAAAAGCUGAAGCCUCCAAAGAAACAGAAGCUUGUGGAAGAGAUCACUGUGGAGCUCGAUGUUAAUGACAUCCCUGAGCUUCUGCCGGAAGAACUGCAGGACUCCAUCAAGAAGCUGCAGGAGCUGACUGCGAGAGACCUUGAGAAGCAGGAGAGGGAGAGGGCAGCCAACAGCCUGGAGGCCUUCACCUUUGAGACCCAGGACAAACUCUAUCAGGAGGAGUACCAGCUUGUUUCGUCUGAGACAGAGAGGGAAGAAAUUCUCCAGAAGCUCAGUGAAGCCUCCAGCUGGAUGGAAGAGGAAGGCUUUGCAGCCACCACUAAGGAACUAAAAGAGAGGCUCAUGGAGCUGAAGAAGUUGUGCCGGGGCCUUUUCUUCCGCGUGGAGGAGAGGAGGAAGUGGCCAGAGCACCUGGCGGCUCUGGAAAGUUUGCUCAAUCACUCCACCAUCUUCCUCAAGGGAGCACGAAUGAUUCCAGAGGCUGACCAGAUAUUCACAGAGGUGGAAUUGAGCACCUUGGAAACAGCUAUCAAUGCAACAGCGCUGUGGAAGAACGAGACGCUGGCUGAGCAGAGCAGGCUGGCCCCCACAGAGAAGCCCGUCUUGCUCUCCAAAGAUAUUGACCUGAAGAUUGCCGCCUUGGACAGGGAAGUCCAGUACCUCCUCAACAAGGCCAAGUUUGCCAAGCCCAAGAAAAAAGAGAACACCACAAAAACAGAAGCUGGCAAGAAUGCCACUGUGCCUCCCGAGAGCGAGAAAGUAAUUCCUCCAAAGGAGGAGAAGCGAGAAGAGAAACCAGAUGAUCCCAGCCCAGUCAAAGAGCCCCCCACACUGGAGAGCUUCGUAUCGGACGACUCAAGAGCAGACGCAGACCAACAAACAGAAAAGAAGCCAGAAGCAAGAGAAGACACCAGAAAAAACGAAUUAUAACAGUUCUGAAAUGUUA